GUUACGCGGUGCAGAACACCCCUUUCUAUGAAAUAGUACACCCAUGGCCCUCCACUUGACCCAAUUGUGCUGAUAACGAUUCAUGUGUGCAUGGUGCAUGCACACAUGAGUAUAGCUCGUUUAAGCCAGUUUCUGUGACAAAACGUACACACUAGAGUUCACAUAUUGAUUGGCAACAAAAGAGAGUGCAGGCUCCAAUAUUGAAUCAUGUCUGGUACAGAGCAAGUACGGAUCCUCAUUUGGUGUACCGCACGUUCACUGUCAACCGUGUUGGCACGCUCCCUAUCUCAGUAUCCAGGGUCUCAGUGCCUGAUGGAACUCUUUCAGGUUGCUGCCUAUUUGGGUCCUGAGCGCCUAUUCCCCGAGACAGAGCCACUCUUUGAGCCCAAAAUGACAUUCAGCUAUGUGAGAGACCUGUAUGAGGAACCAUGGCCCGGCAAAUCCUUGGUGCUCGGCAAAGAGGUGUCAUAUGGCAUGAGGAGUCUGGGCAUGAUACCAGACGGUUACCAGCAUGUCUUCCUGAUCCGAGACCCUGCAAAGUCUCUACGGUCAAUAGAAGAACGCAUACAGAAGUUUGACUGCAAAAAGAAGAGAGAGUUCUAUCUGGGGCUGAAUCAGUCGGCAAAUCUAGCCGAAAUGUACCAGCAUGUGACCAAAAACCUAGGCAAGAAAGCAUUAGUGCUGGACGCCGAUGAUCUGAUCGCCAAUCCUUCACAGAUGCUUCAGUGUCUCUGUGCCGCUGUUGGGCUUCAAUACACCGAUGAGCUUCUCAAGUGGGACCGGGCCAGUGGAGUACCAGCCAACUGGUUGAUGACCGACAAACAGUGGGAGAACCAUAAGAAAGCAGGAUGGUUUGACAAAGUGUUGGACAGUACAGGUUUCAAUACACCGGCGACAAACCCAGGGGCAAGGGAUGAAGGGACAGGGCCAUCCCCCCACUUUCAACGGAUGAUUGCAGAGGCGUUGCCCUAUUAUCAUGAUCUCCAUCGACUGCGCAUCAAACCUUAAUAGACCUUAUGUGUUAAGGUGAGGCGGAGGGCAAUGGUUUUGUUUCACUGGACAGGCAUGAAUGAACCUUUCCUACAUCCAUUGUUCCUGUAUUAAAAUAACAAAGAAGACCCUCUGAGCUACCGGCAAUCUAUUGGGUUGUAGACAAAAACUGCCUGCCAUGAUCAAUCUGAGAGGCAAGUGAUGGAACUUCUGAAUGAAGCACAUGUGUUGGUACAAACACACAUGUGUUGGU